GUAAAAGGAUUUAAAAACAGUCAUUCUAAACGAUGUGUUAUAUAUUUCCGCUUUAGAAUUCAUUUAUAGAAUACGUUGUAAUUGGUGUGUGCAUUUGUGUAUUGAUCUGAAAUCAAAAUGGCGAAGUGUACAUGUUAAAUGCAGCUUUAUUUGACCUCGACAAAAUGCAAAAUAUUGAGAAUGGACCGCUCCCUCUACCGGAUGGAAAGGACUACCAUGUCUUCUUUUCAUACAGAAAUACGGAUGAAGAUACAGAAUGGACAAGAAAUGUAAUAAGGGAAUUAGAGACCAGAGGCUUCAAGUGUUGUGAUCACGAACUUGAAUUCCUUCCUGGUAAAGGUACUGUUGAAAACAUUAAAGAUUACAUGAGACGCUCCGUGAAAAUUGUACAUGUGUUAUCUAAGGAAUAUACAGACAGUUAUUAUUGUAAACUGGAAGUCCAUUUCUCUCUCUAUAUGUCGCUUAGCGAACGAAAACAUAUAUUAAUUCCAGUAAAAAGAGAAGACUGUGACAUUCCGGAAGAUUUUGAAUUUUUUACAUGGAUUGAUGCCAGAGGAGAUGCAAUGCAUUGGUUUCCUCAGCUAGUUGCUGCCAUUAAGGCUCCAGUAAAUGCAGGUUUUACACAACCAUUCUUACAGGUUCACAAAUACGAAAAUUUUGACACAAUUUUCCAAGAAACAAGUACCAACUCGUGUUGUGGAGAGGCAUUUCAAACUCGAUAUAUCCCUGAUUAUCUCAGAAGAAGUGGCAUAGAUUUUAACCCAGAGGUUUUCACCAAGCGCAUUGCAGAAAUGACACCCAACAGACUUAUCAAGCAAAGAAUGUUUAUAAAUCCUUGGUGGCCAACGUGUGUUAUACUAUAUUUCGUACUUCCAGAAUUCCUGAUAGGCGGAUUUGGGAUGAUACUUGCUGAUCCCGAAGACAAAGAAAUGAUGUUUAUAGGCAUAUUGUGUCUUGUUCUGUUUGCUAUAUUCGGCAUAGCAUGGCCGUGUUAUUGUAUUUUUGCAAGUUGGAAGGGAAGAACAGAAAUGAAAUCGAGUUUGGAUGAAAUAAACAAAGUACUUAUGUUUUAUAACAUAUUCAUGACAUACAACGUCAGCAGAAUGUCAGCAAAAGUUACAAUUUAUUUCAUUUAUUACGACAUUGGACCAUGUUUGCAGUAUAUGAAGAUUCGACAGAGUAGACGAAAUUCAGAGACCAGAGUGAAAGUGGAGUAUGUUGAGGAAGAGUUGGAGGAUGAAGAUGCCCCAUUGAUUGGAUCAGACAAGACAAAUACUCAAGAUGAAGAUUUAAACAAGCUUUUGAAUGUAUCGGCUGCUUACUUUGAGAAUUUUUUAUCUGGAAAGUUUAACCAACUUAGUGCCACAAGACAUACUAGUAGAGCAAUUUGUUUGUGUCAAUUUUUAGAGCAAGUGAAUGAGACUUAUAGAAUACAAGAUGAACAUGAUACCAUUAUUGAAGUUUUAAAAAAAGAACAUAUUUCAAAUUUUGUACAUAAUAAACUUCUGUUGGAAAAUUCUGAAAUGUUCAAUAAAUACACACAAUAUAUUCUUCAAAAUUUUUUUUUGAGUACAUAA